AUUUUGAACCUUGCGGACCUUCGAUGAUACAGUGGCCAUGGUGCGGACGUGGCACGGCCGCGGCACCUCCACGAACGCCACAAGAGAUGCCGGAGAGGUGCAGGGCCUCUUAAGGGACUUGGAAGAGGUGUCUCCGGAGCUCGCCCUGGUGGUGAACGAGUUUCAGGAGGAGCUGCGCAGCGGCGAAGGCUUCGAGACCGAAGCCUCAUGGUGGCGCCAUGUGGAGUGUCGCUUCGCACUGCGUUGUUGGCUCCUGCAUUUGGAGGAGAACCUGGAGUCUGUUGCGGUGCAGAUUGAGGCUUUGGAAGGACCUUCGCAGGUGAGGAAGCUGCAGCUUCUGUCUCAGCUGAGUCAAGCUUUCGAAAGCACCACUGAGCCGCGCUUGGCCAAGCUGCCGACGGCGCCCCGGGGUGUGCAGGUGGAGCGGCGCUACAACUUGUCGGGCCGCGAGGUGGAGAUCUUCCGGCUCUUGGUGGUGCGAGAAAGUGCUACUUGCCGCUCCUUGUGCCGCUUCCUCUCCAGCCAUAGCGGCUCCGACGGAGAGUCAGCCUUGUGCAGCCUGUGCAGGAGCUCCAAGCUUGAUGUCCAGGACUUUUUACAAGAGAAGAGGCCCUAUGUGACCGAAGGCAUCGUUCGAAUUCAGGACGGCUAUGGGGACACCAAAGAGCCGAGCAUCUCGCCGGAGGCGGUGCAUGCCUUGCUUGGGAAGGACCUCACGACCGAGCAGCGCUUGAAGCUCAGCUCCACUGCCAUCGACGCGGUCAUCAAAGGCGACGACACCGACGACCGAAGGCAGGACGCAGCAGCAACCGAGGAGCGCGGCAGCGUGGAGAAGGAGACGGAGGCAGUGCCGGAGACCACCACCGAGGGACAGCAGGACUCCGUGGCAUCCGAGAGCGCGGAGGAUGAGUCGGAGUUCCAACAGCCCUACAAGGAUUCGCUCGACUACCUGAACGAUCAGUUCAGCCUCCUGGAAUGCGAGAUUCGCAUCGCCGAGCACCGGCGACAAAGCACCAAGGAGGACGUGGGUGUCGAGGAGCCAUUCUUACUGCGUUCCCGGAAGAUCAACGUCUUUGAGCACGAGGCGAAGCGAAAGCUGGCCUUGGCGCGGAUUCACCACCGAUUGAAGCUCACCAAGGAAGCAGGUUUGGAAGUGCCGCGACUGGAAGUGCUAUUGCAGAAGACCAAGUUGGAUGAUUUUGAGAAGAGUGUGGUGGUGAUGUUGGUGGGCAACACCUUGUCACCCAAGAUCCAAGCCACCCUCAACGUGGGUGAGCGCCGCUUCUGCGUGAACGCGCCCCUGCAGGUGCGAGUGAUCUUGGAGACCUUCUGCCGGGAUUUCAAGGAAGAGGUGCAGAAGAGAGUGUACUUCUACAAGUCCAGCAGGUUGGCGAGCAGUGGCAUCAUCCGGAUUGGCGCUGGCGCGCGCAGCGGGGACUUGACGGGGCACACGGUGCACAUCGACCGGAGGAUCUUGGACUUCGUCGUCGGCCUGGACACCGAGAUCAACGAGGUCGUCGAAGGAUCCAACUUGUACAAACCCUCGGCGACGCUGGAGCAGUUGGUCUUGCCGGAGGACAUGAAGCAGGGCAUCUUGGCACUGGUGGACAAUUUCGAGCAGUUCUGCCGCUACCGGAAAUCCAGUGGGCUGGACGAUGUCAUUGCGCACGGCUCCGGCUUGGUGCUGAUGUUCUGUGGGCCCAGUGGCACAGGUAAGACCUUGAUGGUGAACGCAUUGGCGGCACAUUUGGAGAAGCGGGUCUUGCUGGUGAAUUUCAAGACCUUGUACAGCCACAACGAUACCGGGCUGCACGAGGAGGACGGCUCCAAUGUCCUGAAGCUCUUCCGAGAAGCGGAAAUGAGCGAUGCUGUGUUGUUCUUCGACGAGUGCGAAUCCCUCUUCAGCCAGCGCGGCAGCGGUGGCAGCUCUGAGCUCACGGCCCUGCUGACGGCUAUGGAGCGUUAUGAGGGCAUCAUCUUCUUGGCCACGAACAGGCCCUUCGAUCUGGAUGAAGCCAUGUACCGGCGUAUCACCUCGGUCUUCACCUUCAGCAAACCUGAUCAUGUUCAACGUCUAGAAAUUUGGAAACUUUACACACAGACAGGGGUCCCGUUGGCACUCGACAUCGAUUGGGAGAAGAUCGCCAUGAAAUUUGCACUGACUGGUGGGUACAUCAAGAAUGCAAUUGUGAGCGCUUUGCUCCUGGCCAUCUCGCGAAACAACGUGGAUCCGAAGGUGACCGAAGAGGAUAUCACGGGUGGCUGCAUCAUGCAGGUCCGUGGCUCCUUGCAGAUGCAGAGCUUCGCCAAGCGUUUGGUGCCGCGGGCGGGGCUGGACUCCCUGGUCCUGGCGCCCAAUCUGAAGCAGAAGCUCCUGGAGAUCGUGGCCUUCGAAAAAGCGCGGCCGCUGUUGCUGGAGAGUUGGGGUUUUGGAGACCCCGGCGAGGCUGGCUCCGGCGGCUCCUCCACCCGCGAGAUCGGCGCCCAUCGCCCGGUGGUCACCGUGGCGCUCUUCUGGGGCGCUGCGGGCACAGGGAAAUCCGCUGCUGCAGAGGCCAUGGGCUUUGAGUUCGGCCGAGCGCCUGGGCGGCAACCUGAGCCCGAGCGGCCGACUGUGGAGAUCGCAGCCCUCCAUUUGCUAGAAAUCCCCAUGGGCAAGCAGUCCAAGGGCACAGCCUGCGAGAGG